UAUUUAAUAAACAAAUUAAUUGUGAAAUUUAAUAUAUUUCGAAAUUUUUGACUUAAUCGUGAAAAUAGUGUUCAAAUUCGAAGAAUCCGUUCACAAAUUCAAUUUGGACGAAAUAUAAAUUUUUCGAAACGAGAAAAUUCAGUGAUUUACUAUACUCGAAAAAUUGAGGCAGCGAACUGACAACAAGUUGAAGAAAAAAACAUUUUGCAUCAAUGUUUCUAAAAGAAUUUGGAAGCAAGCAGUGAAUAAAUACAUCGUGGAAAAAAAUGCUCUUUUAAUCCUAAAAUGAAAAAAAAGACAAGAAAUGGUUUUGACAAAAAAAUCAUUUUUUUAUUUAUGGAUUACUGUUAAAAGCAGUACACAUUUCAUGAGAGUCGAACGCUAUUCUCAUGAAAUAGCGAAUUUCACGAAUUUUCUCAUCUCAGAAGUAGAAAUCAUUGUUAUAAUUGUUAUUUAUUCUUUUCGUGUUUACACAAACAAUUUUUUUCAAAACGAAAUAUUUUAGACACAGAUUUUCCACAGAAAAUGUGCAAAAAUUUCCGCCAAAGAAUUCUAUUUUUAGCUCCUAAUUUUAGGACUAGAUUUUAUUUUUCUUUACCAGGACUCAACAUUUUCCCGAAUGCUUACGUUUUUAACUACAAGGACUAUUUUCCCUUGUAGUAAAAAGAACUUGCUUACUAAACAUAUUUAUAUUUCAUUAUUAUUUAUUUUCAAUGUCAUUUUCCAUUUCCACUAUUUUUGCAUGAACCACUAAAUCAAGUGAUAUUUUUCAUCUCUCAAUUGAUUUUCUAUUUACAGGUAGAUUUCAAAGACAGCAUUUAUCGAUGCUGUCCGUGAAAAGUAUGGAGCAACUGACACCGCCACCACAAAAUCAAGAGGACGGAUUUUUUUGUCGCUUUUGCGGGAAAAAUUUCGGUCGAAUAAGUGGAAGGACACAUCAUGAAAAUUUAUGCACACGUAAUCCGUCGAGCAGUCAGCCGAAGGAAUUAUUUGCGUUUAGCUGCGACGAUUGUGGUUGUAGUUUUAAACAUAAAUGGGAAUUAAAUUGUCAUGAGGCCUAUGAUUGUGGCGUGACACACAGAUGUAGAAUUUGUAAUAGAACUUAUUCGCGAUUAUAUAAUUUACGGGCACAUUUUCGUAAAGGUCUUUGCAAAGCUAAUCGUUAGUUUUGUUGAGGCAAAAAAGAAAAAGGAAAUUGUGAAAAAAGUUUCAAAUUAGAAAUUCUGUUGAUAGUUAUUUCUAUUUUCCUUGUUGUAGGAUGUUAGACAUAAGGAUUAAUUUCUGUAUUUUAAAAAUUGUGGUUUAUUUCAAAAUACAUUCGUAUUCAUAA